AUGGGCACCCUGGGGCAAGAUAACUCGAAUACUUUCAUCAAUGAUCCCAGCACCGUGGACCCGAUCAACCUUGGUGAAUCCAGGACGGCCUUGGACAUAGCUUCUGGCCAGCACCUCAUGUGUGCUAUCCUGGAUGAUGGUACGGUCAGGUGUUGGGGAAGUGGUACGGAUGGGGGUCUGGGUUCCGGAGAUACGGUCGGACGUGGGACUGAAAGCUCCAAGCCGCUCCUCAGCGCCCCCCUGGUGGACCUGGGAACGGGCCGAACUGCGAAGCAGAUUGCAGUGGGCCUUUACUUUGGCUGUGCGCUUUUGGACAACGACUCCGUGAAGUGCUGGGGUCGCAACACAGACGGCCAGCUUGGCCAAGGAGACACAGAGAAUCGUGGGGAUGAGCCAGAUGAGCUAGGAGACAAGCUGCCGCCCGUUGAUGUGGGUACUGGGAAGACAGUCAAACAAAUCGUGGCAAUGUUUGAUGGUUGUUGCGCCCUCCUCAACGACGACACAGUGAAGUGUUGGGGGGACUGGCAUGGCCAGGAGCAUUCUGGCAAAGUGGGAGAUCCUCACCGCCACGUCGACAACCAGCAGUACCAAUACAGCUACAUGGACAUCGACGACAAGCCUCUCGUCCAGCAGCACCAGCUCUACGAGGACGGGCACGAGCAGCUCCACUUCCAGCAGCUUCACGACGAGCAGCACGAAGAGCGGCACCGCACCCCAGCAGAGGCAGCCAGACAAAGGCAAGAGGAGCAAAGGAAGGAGCAAGCUGCAGCAGCAGCAGAGGCAGUGGAUGCGGCUGAGCAGGAAAGUGUGCAACAGCUUCUCAGCAUCCUCGAUUUCGCCUCUCCCGCAAACAGCACCGAAACCGGCGGAGUCUUGGGGCAAGUUUCCAUGUCGACCGAGACAGGCACGCUGAAGGUGGCAGCCCUGUCACCCGAGGCAGUGGAGGCUGCCGGAGGAAGCGUGGCGGUUUCUGCUGGCGAGACGGGUGCAAAGGUGGAGAUGCCUGCUGCAAUCCUAUCUCAAGCGGCUGAGCUGUUUGAGAAAACAGGUGUCUCUGGGCCGGUGCUCCUGAGCUUGACUAGUAUGUCAGAUGAGACUGCCAAGAACUUCGCAGAUCAGCAGGUCGAAGGUGAGCUUGCAGCGACCCUACAGUCAGAGCCUUUGAGCAUCAACCUCAGAGGCCCGGAUGGCUCGAACUUGAAGAUCGGGGAGCUGCAAACCCCCAUGGAAAUCGUUCUGAAGGUGAAGAACCCCAAUGCCACAUGUUCCUAUUGGGACGAGGACGAGAGCCGAUGGUCAAGCAAGGGCCUGACCACCCUGUCCAGCACCGCGGCUCAGCUCACUUGUUUGACCACUCACCUCUCCAUUUUCGCCGGAGUCUUGCAGAUCAUAGUCGAGAGGGCUGCUGCAGUCAUCUCUUGCAGUUCGGCAUGGGCUCUUAUGUCUGAGAAAGGUUUUCAGAAGCUCAUGGGACGCCGGAAGUGGAUGGGCAGCCUGCCAUCAGUUUCGACCUUCGUCUUCAUAGCCCUGUUCUUGGCCAUCCAGAGCCGCGCGGCCUACAUGGACCGCCGUGACAAGCAGAUGGUUCCCUGGGAGGAACUCGAGCCAGUUCUCUUUCGCGAGGCUUCGCCUUCGGACGAGGAGCUGCCUCGAAGACGAGUCCGACCCGCCUGGGCGUGCUGCCGCUACGGUCUGGUUCAGCUGAAGGAGUGGUGCUGCUGGUGCACGGGCAUCUGCUUCGGCGUGGAAAACAUUCUGCAGCUCAUCACGGAAGCGAUCCCGAACGCUCCAGAAGCCAGCGUGAACCGGUGCAUCAGGUCCCUCCACGCCCAUCGAUGCGGAGUGGCUCUGGACAGCCUGGAGAUUCUGCUCACCAACGAGAAGUUCGAAGUCGAGGAGAGCGUCCCGAGGCAAGUCUCGCACACCCAGGCUCGUCGGAGUCGCUUCUCACGUCUGAUGCAGUCCGUGGUCCAGAAUGUCAAUCAAUUCGCAACGGCAGUGCGAGACCUCAGUGCUCGAUGGGAAGUUCACCUUCACGGGGCCAGUGCUGUGGAGUCUAUCCUUCAGCGAGGGUGGUGCAGCCGCAUCUGCCUGCUAGUUCCUGCAUUCCACCCCUGGAUCGCAUUAUUGCGGUUCAGCAUAUUGACGCCUUAUACGGUGCGAGUUGCCCUCGUCUUCCUGAAGCUAUGCACCGCGGGCGCCACCAAUGCGCUCUUCUUCACUAGCACCACGCCAAGUCCCGAUGAUGACCCUGGUUGUCGGCAGAAGCUCAGCUUCUUUGAGGCCCUGGUCCAGAACUGCAUCGUGGGUUUUUUGUCCGCUUUUCUCGGUGAUUGCAUUAUUUUCACUCUCUUCCUCGUGCAAGUUCGCAGCCCCGCGGAGAAGAAGCAGUGGACCGAAGCGGCCAAGGCCUGGAAAUUGGCCUGGUGGCGCUGUCGUUCCUAUGUUUUCUGGUUGCUCUGGCUCGUGUACACGAUCACGUGCCUGGCAUACAUCAUGAUGUUCCUUGCAAACGCUCAGCUUGAAGAUGCCCACAAAUGGUACCAGAGUACUGGGAUGAGCCUACUUCAGGACAUGGUGCUCUUGCCAUUGGGCAUGGCUUUGGCCCUGGGCACAAUCGCCACGUGCGCACUUCGAAGUCAAGGCAUCAGGAAGAGAAUCAAGAACAAGUGGUACCUGCAGCCAGAGGAUGGCGAGCAGAAGGAGCCCGAAAGUGAGCCGGAAGGCCAGCAGCGUGGGCGCCGACACUCCAGUGCUUCGUCGGGCUCAGAUCAAGCAGGGCACUCAGUACUGGAAGUGGACGGUAAGGCCAGCGUGAGGGGCCUGGAGAUUUCAAACGACUUUCGGGCCGUGUUGCCUGGCAUGCCAGAUUAG